UUCACAAAAAUUUUGUUGUCCUGGUGUCAACAGACAAUCACAUGCCGGGCAGCCAUUGCGUGGAAAACAGGUUCUACUCUUGCAAUUGAGGAAGUACAAGUCGAUCCACCAAAGGCUCGGGAAGUUCGUAUUAAGAUGAUAUCUACAGGGAUCUGUGGUACUGAUGAUCAUGCAGUAAAAGGAUUACUCUCCGUAAACUUUCCUUUCAUCCCAGGCCAUGAAGGAGCUGGGAUUGUAGAGAGUAUUGGCGAAGGAGUGAGCUCAGUGAAACCAGGAGAUAAAGUCCUCACACUCGCUAUACCACAGUGUAGAGAAUGCAGUUCCUGUUUGCAUCCCAAGGGAAACUUCUGUGAGAAGCAAGAUGUUCUACCUUCUUCUGGAUUAAUGCUGGACAAGACCAGCAGAUUUACCUGCAAAGGAAAAAAGAUUUAUCACUCUUUCCGUGCAAGCACAUUCACUGAAUAUACGGUUGUACCUGAGAUUGCAGUGGCAAAAAUUGAUGCUGCUGCUCCUAUGGAUAAAGUUAGUAUCAUAAGCUGCGAGGUGUCUACAGGUUAUGGAGCUGCUGUAAAUUCGGCCAAGGUCACUCGCGGUUCCACGUGUGUGGUCUUUGGACUUGGUGGAGUUGGUUCAGCCAUUGUCAUGGGCUGUAAAGCAUCUGGUGCUUCUAGGAUCAUUGGGGUUGACAUCAAUGAGGAGAAGUUUCCCCGGGCAAGAGCAUUAGGGGUCACGGAUUGUCUCAACCCUCGAAACCUCAAGAAACCUGUCCAGCAGGUGGUCAUGGAAAUGACAAGAGUUGGUGUUGACUUUGCCUUUGAAGCCAUUGGACUCAGUGAUACGAUGAUUGCUGCUUGGGAUUCCUGCCACCGGAGCUAUGGUGUCUGUCUGAUGGUUGGGGUGGCUUCAUCAAAUUCACAGCUUUCCCUGAACGCACCAGAUAUUAUCUCUGGACGGACACUGAAGGGUGUGUGUUUAGGAGAUUAUAAAACCAGAGACUGUAUUCCCCAACUAGUGACUGAUUACCUGCAAAAUAAAAUUAAUAUAGAUCCCUUAAUAACCCAUCAGUUGCCUUUUGACCAACUCCACAAAGCUUUCGAGUUGUACCAUGCUGGAAAAACAGAAAUGAUGGGAUUUAGUGAUGACAUUGUUGAUAUGUCCAUCAACCCAAUUGAUCUCUGUCACCAGUCCAUGAAAGGUGUCACUGACUUAUCCCUUGUUGCCAUUCUCAGAGUACCUCCAUAA